CAGUAAUCCUGACGUCAUUUGUCUCUCAGGAAAAAUCGAAGAGAAGGACCCAGUUGGCCACAAUGGCAAAUAGGUUUACGGAUAAUCAGUGAAUAUGUAGAACAAGAGACGAAAACAUUUAUCGAGUGUGGUUAAAAUGAUCAUCAACCGUUUCAUCUUAGGGUUGAUAGUAGUACUUUCGUGCAAUGUUUGUAAAUCAUUCCCCAACAGAUAUGAUAAUGAAGAGUUGAUCAAGCUACUUAAAAGAUAUGAAAAGCUGGAAAUUGGAGAUGGUGUUCGAUUAAGAGAUCUGGUUCAGAAUGGAUAUGACGAAAACGUGGAGAGUGAGAAAGUAAAAUCAGAGGAUGCUGGGAUAGAUCUGGCAGCGGCAGACGAGUACCAACAGAAGGUGGAAACCACUAAGGCGGUGUCCUCUGAUGGGACCACCUCCACCCCACAUCCCAUGCCCAAGGCUCCCCAGCCCCACGUACAGCCCGACCCAGACUCCAAGGAGAAACCACUCAUCCCUCUGUCAAAAGAUAGCAUUCUCUUUAUAGGAAUCGUGACAGCAUGCAGUUUGGCUGGUUUUGUUGGACUCAUUAUGGCAGGAGUUUGCUGGUACAAGUUACAUAAGAAUGUUAAGGCUGCCAGUGAUGUGGAUUACCCGGCGUACGGAGUUACUGGCCCUGCUAAGGAGAGGAUGGGUCCCGGCCCCGGGGACAGAAAGCUGGCCCAGAGUGCUCAGAUGUACCACUACCAGCAUCAAAAGCAACAGAUGAUUGCUAUGGAGAAAGCUAAUGGGGAGAUGAAGAACGAAGCUUCAGAGGAGGAGUCGGAUGAGGAGAAUGAGGAGGGGGACUACACGGUGUACGAGUGUCCGGGGCUGGCUCCGCCGGGCGAGGUGAUGGAGGUCAGGAACCCCAUGUUUUCAGCAGAGACACCUACAGGAACACAGCCAACACACGCUCCUCAGGAUCCCCCCCAACAGUAGAUCCACCACUCUCUUCUCUGACACUUAAUCAUAAGCCAAAAACUGAAAAUUAAAAAAAAAUGUUCAUUUGAUUGUCAUUGGCUGGUUUGUCCCAUCAUAAUUUUUGCAACAGAUACUUUUCAUGAAUAUAAUUUUGCUUGACCAGUGUUUCAUUGAUUCGUAAUAAUUCUUGGGAAACUCUUAGUGUACCAUCUUAUAGAUAAAGACAAACAUAUUGAUGUAGUGUUGGUGAAAUGGGGUCAAUUUUAUCUUCUUUAUGUUGUGUAUAGUGCUCAUUGUAUUGAAAAUUUUAGAACUGAACUUCAGAUGAUAACUUAUUUUAUUAUUGAACUUUCAUCAUUGCAUUUUAUUAUGAUACGCAAUAUAUAUAAGAUUGGGGAAAAAAUAAUUUUCAAAUGAAAAUGUUCAUCACUUGUUAUUUACAUAAUGGGUAAUUAAUUGUUAAUUUCUAACAGUCUUUCAAGGAUGUUUACAGGUUGUUAUUAUAGAUCAUGUGACAAAUUAUACUGACUAUCAGCAUUUCUUUAUUUGAUUUAUUGUUGAUCUGCUUUAUUUAGAAAAAUGCUUUAAAAUGAUUUGUAUAUUUGAAAGAAAAAAAUUGAUUGGGAACUGAAAAAAAAAUUACCAGAUAAAAAAAAAAACAGAGAAAAAGGGACUGAAAGUUUAAUUCCAUGCUUGAUGAUAUGGAGAAAUGUCAUUUUUGUUGGUGCCCGGUUUUGUAUUUUAAUAUUUAUAUAUUUUAUUUAUUUGUUAUCCAUCAGAAAUGAUGGACACCAUGAUUUUAUGACUAGAAAUUUUCAAUCAGAUAGUCAUUCAAUUUGUAUUUAAACACAAACAGGCUCAUUGAAAAGAAAUCCAAUAUCUUUUAAGAUCUCUUUCUUAUAUGCAUUCCUUUUGUGCAUCUUAUAAUGAUUUCGGAGAAUAUUUAUUUUGUUUACUUCAUUAUUUUACAUUCCACAUUUUUUUCUCAACAAAUUAUGAUCUGAUAUAGUAUAUCAUGAUAUUAAUCUUCAAAAGUAAAUUUUGUAAGUUUGUAAAAAAGACUUGACCAUAUCACAUGUAGAUCAUGCCAAAAGUUACUGUCAAACUGUCAAUGUGUUUUAUCUACUGCAACAUAAUAUUUCUUUGAUUAUGAUAUUGCAAUAUUCAGUAGAAAGUGCAAUAACAUAUUCUUUUUGGGUUUUGGUCAGUGAAAAAAAAAAUGUUGUGUAAUUCAAGCUACAGGUUGGUUUGGGAAAAGACAAUAGUCGUUGAUUGGUCAACAUUGUUGACUGGUUUGUCUUUUGCCAAGUCAACUAAGAAGAUCGUUGUGGCAGUCUAAUGUUGUUAGAUUUAGGUCGUCAUCACAGGUUUCAUUUCAUAUGUCAACAACUGAAAAUUUUCUCUCCAAAGUUUAUAGUGUUAUUGAUUUAGAAAUCUCCAAAGCAAAAGAAAAAUUUACCAUUACAGAGCAUUUUAUUUUAGGCUGAGAACAUUUCUGUAUAGUUAUUCAUAGACAAGAGCAGUUUAAGUAUUUGGAUUCAGAUUUGGUAUUUUACAAAGUGAGCUUAUUAAUAAAAUUGAAAUACAUAUGUAUUAGAUUUGUGUAAUUUUCCACAUAUGAAAUAAAACUUUUGAACCAAG